AUGACUUCCUUGAAGCAAUUCAUUCGGAAUGUGCGAGCCGCGAAGACGAUUGCCGACGAGCGGGCUGUGGUGCAGAAGGAAAGCGCUGCCAUUCGCGCCAGCUUUAGGGAGGAGAGCCACGACUCCAAUGUGAGAAGAAACAAUGUCGCCAAGCUACUGUACCUCUUCACCUUGGGUGAGAGGACGCACUUUGGACAGAUUGAAUGUCUGAAGCUACUGGCCUCCCCGCGUUUUGCGGACAAGCGCCUGGGGUAUCUGGGGACUAUGUUGCUCCUGGACGAAAACCAAGAGGUUCUGACGCUGGUGACCAACUCGACCAAGAACGACUUGAACCACUCCAACCAGUACAUCGUUGGCCUGGCGCUCUGCACCCUCGGAAACAUCGCCUCAGUCGAGAUGGCCCGUGAUCUCUUCCCCGAAGUUGAGACCAUCAUAUCGAGCUCGAACCCCUACAUUCGCCGGAAAGCUGCCCUUUGCGCCAUGAGAAUCUGUCGAAAGGUGCCUGAUCUGCAGGAGCAUUUCCUGGAAAAAGCCAAAUUGCUGCUACAAGACCGCAACCACGGCGUUCUGCUGUGCGGUGUCACAUUGGUUGCGAAUCUCUGCGAGGCAGACGAACUAGAAGAUGACGAGAACGGCGUCAGGGACCUGUUCAAGCCAGUUGUCCCCAGUCUGGUCAAGAUCUUGAAGGGGCUCUCGUCUUCUGGUUAUGCGCCUGAGCACGACGUCACAGGCAUCACGGAUCCUUUCUUGCAAUGCAAAAUAUUGCAGCUGCUCCGCAUACUGGCACGUGGUGAUGCUUCUGUCAGCGAGCAGAUCAACGAUAUAUUGGCUCAGGUCGCUACCAACACGGACUCUUCAAAAAACGUUGGAAAUUCCAUUCUCUACGAAGCAGUACUCACCAUUCUCGAUAUCGAGGCAGAUUCCGGUCUGCGCGUGCUUGGUGUAAACAUUCUCGGCAAAUUCUUGUCCAAUCGUGACAACAACAUUCGAUACGUUGCCCUCAACACACUGAUCAAGGUUGUUGCUGUUGAGCCCAACGCUGUUCAGCGACACAGGAACACAAUCUUGGACUGCUUGCGCGACCCAGAUAUCAGUAUUCGACGAAGAGCUCUCGACCUCAGUUUCACGUUAAUCAACGAGAGCAACGUACGGGUCUUAAUUCGCGAGUUGCUUGCAUUCUUGGAAGUCGCCGACAAUGAGUUCAAGCCUGUGAUGACCUCCCAGAUCGGUAUUGCAGCUGACCGAUUCGCACCAAAUAAGCGCUGGCACGUCGAUACCAUGCUUCGCGUAUUGAAGUUGGCUGGCAACUACGUCAAGGAGCAGAUUCUAUCAUCGUUUGUCCGCUUGAUUGCGACAACCCCGGAUCUACAGACAUACUCCGUCCAGAAGUUGUACGCCGCGCUAAAGGACGACAUCACUCAGGAAGGUCUCACCCUUGCUGGAUCUUGGGUCAUUGGCGAAUAUGGUGAUGCGCUGCUGAGGGGUGGUCAGUAUGAAGAGGAGGAGCUUGUGAAGGAAGUCAAGGAAAGCGACAUAGUCGAUCUGUUUGAGACUAUUCUCGGCAGCAGCUACGCCGGUCUCAUCGUCCAGCAGUACAUCAUCACUGCCUCCAUCAAGCUUACUACGCGCUUGACCGAACCCGCCCAAAUCGAACGCCUUCGGAGAUUGCUGCAGAGAUAUAAUGCCAACCUUGACGUUGAGAUACAGCAGCGUGCCGUUGAGUAUGGUAAUCUGUUUGGACAAGACUCAGUCAGAAGAGGUGUCCUUGAGAAGAUGCCUGCACCGGAAAUUCGAGAGGAGCAGCGCGUGCUUGGAGAAGCCACCAAGAAGCGACAAUCGAAGAUUCUUAAGAAGAAACCCGCACAAGCCGCAACCGAAGAUCUACUCUUGGAUCUCAUGGGCGACUCAGGUCCAUCUACACAAAUCAAUGGAACCUCGAAUGGCACACAAAGUCAAGACUUACUCGCUGAUAUCCUAGGUGGAGGAGGAUCCUCAUCACCGCCACCACAGACAUCGACUCCUGGACCACAAUCGAACGUUGCAAAUAUCAUGGACCUAUUCAACUCCGGUCCCUCUAGCUCGCCUGCCCCUACCCAAUCUCGCCAACCUCCACAAGCAGGUUCCAUGGAUCUUCUCGGUGGCAUGUCCUCAGCACAACCGUCUAUGCCAGCGGCAUCAUCAGGGCCUGCUCCUCAUCCUGUGUACAACAAGAACGAUUUACAGAUUGCUUUCCAGAUGAAACGCGAUGCAAACGCCAUUCAGCUCCUAGCUCGAUUCCGGAAUACUGGUAGUCUAAGUCAGUUGUCGGCGGUCAACCUACAGGCCGCAGUGCCGAAAAGUCAGAAGUUGCAACUACAACCGAUCAGUACAUCAGAACUGGAUGCCGGUCAAGAAGCGACUCAGCAGAUGCGGGUCACCUCAGUCAGCGGAGUCAGUUAUUCUGCCGAUGGCGGCCCUGUCACAGAACAGGUCGACUGGUCAGAGCCUUCAUAA